CGAACUUCCUCCUCUUUACUAGCUCCACCCGCCCGCCUCGCACAGAGAUAGAGAUCCGCUGUCCCUUCCGCACACUCACACGCACACACUCACAAACCAACACACGCACACACGCCCAGACGCAGAGCUCUGUGACCGGAGAAGAGCACCAAUGACCGUCGGACGAUGGGCCGCCACGUGUCUCUGAACAAACUGUGUUGACUGGAGGAAGCUGCAGUGUCUCUGACAGACAGAACGAGUCGACCAAUCAGAUCCACCAAAGGUUAAAGCACCACUCAGAGCCUCUACUGCAGUACCUCUGAGUAUAAAGUACUACAUGUACCUCUGAGAGGUGGUACAGUGGUACACAGCUGGUUGAGCUGCAGGUUGCUGAGGUCAGAGGUCAUGCAGAGCAUCAAGUGUGUGGUUGUGGGUGAUGGUGCUGUGGGGAAGACCUGCCUCCUCAUCUCCUACACAACAGGAGCCUUCCCCAAGGAGUACAUCCCCACAGUGUUCGACAACUACAGCAGCCAGGUGACCGUGGAUAACCGGGUCAUCAGUCUGAACCUGUGGGACACGGCGGGUCAGGAGGAGUACGACCGCUUGAGGACGCUCUCCUACCCGCAGACCAACGUCUUCAUCAUCUGCUUCUCCAUCUCAAGCCCCGCCUCCUACGAGAACGUCAAGCACAAGUGGCACCCAGAGGUGUCUCACCACUGCCCCGGCGUCCCCAUCCUUCUGGUGGGAACCAAGAGCGACCUGCGGAGCGACGGCGAGACGCAGCGGAAGCUGAAGGAGCAGAACCAGGCGCCCGUGGGCCACCAGCAGGGCGCCGCCCUCGCACGCCACAUCCACGCCGCGCGCUACCUGGAGUGCUCCGCCCUCAACCAGGACGGCAUCAAAGACGUGUUCUCCGAGGCCGUGAGGGCCUUCCUCGACCCGCAGCCCGCCGUCCAGAAGAAGCACUGCGUCCUGCUGUAAGGGGGCGGAGCCUCCUCAGGGUCUUCUUAGAGGUUUAUCUUUGAGGGGGAAGGGAGGAAAGUUGUGGGCUAUGUGGGACUCACGGGUCCAGGUCUGGGUCUGGGGGGGCGAGUGUUAAUUUAAAGCAUUUCUGAUGAACUGUAAAAAAAAAAAAAUUAAAAUCAAGAUGAAA